GGAAAGCAGCAGACCCCAGACACCAUUUCAAUCAAGGUUGAAGAGGAUAUUGGUGGAGGCAUUCCCGCCGUAGAAUACUGCGAUGCUUUUGGAGACCGUAGCACGCAGCGCGGCGCCACCUCGGAGAGUCUGGGUGUGGACGCCCCUGGCUCCUCCCACAUUGCCAGUCACAGGGAGGAACUGAAGAUCCUUAUCGUCCAUGAAAAAGGGGAGGGCCCACUGGCGGUGGACGGCCAUGACACCCUCUUCAUCGCGUCAGAAGUGGAGGCCCUGAACUCGCUGUCUGCGGACCACAGCGCGGCCAAGAGCCUGGAGCGCGGCGAGCGGCUGGUCUGCCACGAGGAGCUGAGUGUGCAGGUUGGAGAUGAUCUUCUCAUUCCCUAUCCAAAAGAGAGGCUUCCUCUGUUACAACUCCAGCACACACCCAUAGCAAGCACACACCUUUAUGAUUCAAUGUGGCGUAAGUGGGGUUUAACAACUUUUCUGUACAAAUGAAAGUCUUGUGUGUGUUACCUUCUUAAUGUGGAAAGCAGCAGACACCAGACACCAUUUCAAUCAAGGUUGAAGAGGAUAUUGGUGGAGGCUGGCCCGCUGUAGGUUAGUAAUACACAUUGCAUCUAUGCAAGCAAACGACCUGGAUCAAAUGAGAAUGUACUAGAUUCUACCUGCGCUAAAAAGCCUGGUCCUCUUUUAAAAUGCAUCAUGACCAGAGCCCUGCUAAAACACGAGGACUACUUAUACAGUUCAUAGUAGAAUGAUUCACAUCUUCUUCAUGGCAAACCGGUGUCAGGAAUGCUGAAUCAGCUCUGACUCCCAUUAUAACUACAGUAUUGGUAAAACGGGUGAUGAGGCAACAACCUUUGACCCUUACCAACCCAAGGGGACAAGGAAAGUGCAUGAAUCAAAAAAUAAAAGUUAGAAAGAAUGUCAAAAUAUAAUUCUUCCUAUACACACAAGUGUGUACAAAGAACAAACUGUAUAAAUAAUGAAUUAAAACCAUUAUUUUCGCUCUUUCUUUGUUUUCCUCUCUGAAGAUGUCAAUGACAUCAGAGACUGCAGCACGCAGCGCGGCGCCACCUCGGAGAGUCUUCGUGUGGAUGCCCCUGGCUCCUCCCACAUGUCAAGUCACAGCGGGGAGCUGCGCAUCCUGAGCGUCUACGGACAAGGGGAGGGCCCACUGGCGGUGGAUGGCCAUGACACUCUCUUUGCCGCGUCAGAACUGGAGGCCUUGAGCUCGCUGGCCGCUGACCACAGCGUGGCCAAGAGCCUGAACUGCAGCGUGAGGCUCGUCCGCCUUGAGGAGCUGACUGGGCAUCAGGGCGGCCGCAAGGGCCGGCCCGGUGUCUUGUGUGGAAAGGUUAUUCCCAACGAUGCCAAUAUGAUCGUCCACAUGAGGACCCACAACGACGAGAAGCCGUACUGUUGCUACCAAUGCAUGAAGCGCUUCAGUCAGAAAGGCUGCCUGAUCCGCCACAUGAUGACUCACGAAGGGGUGAAGCCCUACAAGUGUGACCAAUGCAUGAAGUGCUUUGGAGAGAGCUCCAAGCUGAAGCUCCACAUGAGGACUCACUCUGGCGAGAAGCCUUACAAGUGUGACCAAUGCACGAUGCGCUUCCGUCGGAAAGACACCCUGAACCGCCACAUGAGGACUCACACCGGGGAGAAGCCCUACAAGUGUGACCAAUGCACGAUGCACUUCAGUCAUGGCUCCACCCUGAAGAUCCACAUGUGGACUCACACCAGCAAGAAGCUCUACAGGUGUGACCAAUGCACGUUGCGCUUCAGUCAUGUUUGCGCCCUGAAGAUCCAUAUGAGGACUCACUCCGGCGAGAAGCCCUACAGGUGUGACCAAUGCACGAGGAGCUUCAGUCGGAAAGGCACCCUGAAGAUCCACAUGAGGACUCACUCCGGGGAGAAGCCCUACAACUGUGACCAAUGCACGAUGCGGUUCAGUCAUGGCUCUGCCCUGAAGAUCCACAUGAGGACUCACUCUGGCGCGAAGCCUUACAAGUGUGACCAAUGCACGAUGCGCUUCAGUCGGAAAGGCACCCUGAAGAUCCACAUGUCGACUCACACCGGCCAGAAGACCCACAGGUGUGACCAAUGCACGACGCGCUUCAGUAAUGUUUGUGCCCUGAAGAUCCAUAUGAGGACUCACUCCGGCGAGAAGCCCUACAGGUGUGACCAAUGCACGAGGCGCUUCAGUCAGAAAGGCACCCUGAAGAUCCACAUGAGGACACACUCUGGGGAGAAGCCUUAUAAGUGUGACCAAUGCACGAGGCGCUUCAGUCAUGGCUCCGCCCUGAAGAUCCACAUGAGGACUCACACUGGCAAGAAGCCCUACAGGUGUGACCAAUGCAUGAGGCGCUUCAGUCAGAAAGGCACCCUGAAGAUCCACAUGAGGACACACUCCGGGGAGAAGCCUUAUAAGUGUGACCAAUGCACUUUGCGCUUCAGUCAUGCUUGCGGCCUGAAGUUCCACAUGAGGACUCACUCCGGGGAGAAUCCCUACAAGUGUGACCAAUGCACGUUGCGCUUCAGUCAUGUUUGCGCCCUGAAGACCCAUAUGAGGACUCACUCCGAGGAGAAGCCCUACAAGUGUGACCGAUGCACGAUGAGCUUCAGUCGUGGCUACGCCUUGAAGAUCCACAUGUGGACUCACACCGGCCAGAAGCCCUACAGUUGUGACCAAUGUACGAGGCGCUUCAGUCAGAAAGGUACCCUAAAGAUCCACAUGAGGACUCACUCCGGCGAGAAGCCCUACAGCUGUGACCAAUGCACUUUGCGCUUCAGUCAUAGCUCUGCGCUGAAGUCCCACAUGAGGACUCACUCCGGGGAGAAUCCCUACAAGUGUGACCAAUGCACGUUGCGCUUCAGUCAUGUUUGCGCCCUGAAGACCCAUAUGAGGACUCACUCCGAGGAGAAGCCCUACAAGUGUGACCGAUGCACGAUGAGCUUCAGUCGUGGCUCCGCCUUGAAGAUCCACAUGUGGACUCACACCGACCAGAAGCCCUACAGUUGUGACCAAUGUACGAGGCGCUUCAGUCAGAAAGGUACUCUAAAGAUCCACAUGAGGACUCACUCCGGCGAGAAGCCCUACAGCUGUGACCAAUGCACCAGGCGCUUCAGUCAUAGCUCUGCGCUGAAGAUCCACAUGAGGACUCACUCCGGUUAGAAGCCCUGCGUGUGUCUGCAGUGCAACGCCAGCUACAGCGACCCAAGUAGUUUGCGUGUGCCCAUACUCAAGCACACGGGGUAACGGGAUGCUUUGUUUGAGACCUCUGACACGUAGUUAUUACUGCUUAAUAAAAAAUAUCAUCAUGAUUAAACGCUUUCCAAUUAUUGAUUUGA